AUGCAGUCUCCGCAGCUCCAGACAUCUCCGUCCUCUCAUAUGUCGUCUCCAGUGGCAACAAAGUCAACAGCUUUUGGUUUGCAGGGGACCGUCUCUCCCACGGCAGCCGACAUACAGCACCAACAGCAGUACAAGCCUCACCCGUACCAUCGAGCUCAACUUUCUCCCCAGGCAGGUGGUUUUGGACCGGGAAUCACUUCUGCUGCCACCGAAAGUAUUGAGCCAACUCCUAUCCUACCGUCACGGAUACCACCUACUUACUACCUCUCCCCCUUUCAAAAGCAAUAUAACCAGCUAGAACAGGAAUAUGAUGCUCGUUCAAGCUCUGUGGACGGACCCGAUCCGCCAGAAGGCAGUACUGCAGCAGACUACCAAUCUCAGCAGUCUCUGCCACGUAUACAGCAACGACACCACCCGAUAUCAACCAGCAGCGAUGCUGAAGGUAUGACAGCUAGCACAUCGUUUAUUGAGCAAUUCGACCCCAUGAUGGAUCCCGACCCAUUUGGUCUGUCCGCCAGCAUGCACUUCCCCACACCCUUUACCUAUACUCAGAGCCAUGGGCGGCAGUAA